AUGGCUGAAAUGGCCAUGCUACUGGCUCAGAUAAAGGCUCAUCCAGACGACGUGUACUGCUUCGUUGAGGAGCCUCUCUUACCCACCAGGCUCCCCUUCCUUCACUCCGAGAAUGGACACGAUGAUCUGCUGCCCGGCUGGCGCAUCAAUGUCUGCUUCCUGUUCAAUGCAACGGGGACAAUCAUGUGUCCGCCUCUUCUGAUAUUCCGCGCUGACGACGCGCGGGCACAAGGCCUUGAAAUACCCCAGGAUUUUACCGUGUUCGUGCGUCACAGCGUGGACGGGUUCGUCACGCCCGAGAACCUGAGCAACCUCCGAAUCAUCCACAUGCAGGGUCCUAAAGCGCCUGGGUGCAUCCAUCCCGGCGUGUGCGUGGUGGUAGAGCUGUGGAAGACGCUGUACCGUGCCUCAUACCUUCGCCAUUUGAUGAUGACACAAGCAUGGCGCGACGGGGCAUUGUUCCGAUACGCCCCUCCCCUGUCCAUCAUGGUGGACUGGAUGGGUACAAGGUGGAGGGACUUGACUCCGGUUUCGGACCAUCUCAGCUGGUGGCGCGCCGGCUGUGUGCCGGCAUCAUGGCGGUCGUCUGUGAGAGAGUUCAAAAACCCCGUUCUCUGUGUCCUGUCCGAACCGCUUGUUCAGGAACUGGGACAGCUGCAGUACAUCAUUGACGAGUUCGCACGGCCAGGCCACACGCUCAUGCAUGCCACUGAUUAUGCGCACUGCGAGCUGACCAUUCUCCCGCCACGCGUGCAGCGCACAAUGAACGACAGCCCACGCGCCGAAGACGGCCGCGAGAUAGCACUGCACACGCAGCCAGGGCCGCUACUGAAUGACCAUCGUUGUCGCAGGCGGGUGGCGCGCGUCGUCACUGAAUACCUUGUCCGUCAGGCACUAAAGCUCGGCAUUGAUGUGCGGGACGCGCCCGAGCGGUUUGGCGCGUCGAACGAUCUGGUCUUCAGUCGUCUGCGUCGGACGCCAACCAAGCAUCCCCGUCCCUCAACUCGGGACAGCGUGUCCUGCGCGGUCAGUGCCCUGACCACUCUGUCUACGGAGCAGGAUCGCCGUAAGCGCAAGGGGAAGCAGGAGUUGCCCCGCCCCCGUAAGGUGACAUCGGCGGGCAGCGGUGUGAGGGGCGCAGACGAGGUGCCGCCUCCGCCAAGCGACGAUGUGAUUGCCUGUCUUCAAAGGCCCAGCUAUCAGCGCGAUUUCCAGCCGUUGGCGCUUUACGGACCCCAUGGAGUGGGGUGUCAACUGCCAGCACAGGACGUCCUGACGCUCGCCGACGGACAGUGUCUGGCGGACACAGUGGUGGACUUCCACAACAUGUACCCGAAGCUGGAAGGUGGCAAAACAUGGUUUGCUCUGGACACGAAGGCGUUUACGUUCGCGAAAGACCUGAACAGGGCAUGGCCCCUUGGACAUGCGCCGUGUAUUUUCGCACAGGACUACCUCGCCAUCCCAGUGUACUACGAGGGCCACUACUCGCUGGUCAUAGCGACGAACCUCCGCACCAUGGUCAGCGGGAAGCUAUCCGAGACUGCCGAGGGCGGCGUCGAGCUGGUGCAUUACGAUAGUGCACAGUUGCACACUAAUAAGCCAGAAGUGAUGGAGGGCGUCAAGAGCAUGCUGCUCCUUCUUCACAAAGCUCAGCUGCCCACUGCCGACCGGAAGCAGGCGGAGGACCAUGUGAAGUAUGCCGAAGUCUACGUAAUGCAUAAGCUGUUUGGGGAGGGUGUGGAGGUUCCCGUGCAGCCUCUUCCCCAGGUGGGAGAACACGGCGCCCUCGUCUUUCCCAAGGAGGACGAAGUCCGCACGGACCUCGCGAGGCAGUCAGGCAUGAUAGCCCGUAUGGAGAUAGGGGGUUACGUUGUGUGUGCGGCUGUCAUGGUCCUGGCACGUUCGCUAGGCAUUUCGGAGGAACAACUGCUGAGUGGAGCGGCACACGAGCUUCAGGCACACGGGACGCCUCUGCUGGCUCUGUCCACGUCCAAGAACCCCGUGGAGCACGCAGCAUCUAUGCGGACGCUCGGCAUGUCCAUCCAUCCGGCUCCAUGUCCGCUUCCGCAGCCAUCGGUCCCGUCUGCGCAUUUCGAAGGGGCGUCACCCAGUAAUGGUGAGCCCACACCUGCGGAUGUCAGGCCCAAGAAGGAGAAGCAGGAUCUCCCAGCCGCUCCAAUGACUCCGGCACCACAGCCGAUGGUCUCGCGCUCUGCCAGGUAUCGCCUCCGUCCGGGGAUCAGGACUGCAGGACGGCCCGUGCGUCAGACCAGCAUGCUUACCGUGUACGGUGGGCGGCCUGCAUCGAGCCGCUGGACAGGUGUGAGUUGGUGCGCACGCGGCCGAAAGUGGGGUGUCAAGAUGGUGUGCGGCCCAGGCACAGGUCAGCAGAUUCGGCUGGGCGCCUAUACUGUGGAGCUCGAUGCGGCGUAUGCGUAUGCCGCGGCAGCCUUUGUAAUCAGGCGUAAUGACCACAUCCAGCACGUGAAGGAGCUGACGGACGAGGAGAAGGAGUGCCUGGAGGGGUGUGUUCGCGACGACGUGCGUCAUCUGGUCAAGGCACGGAUGUGGUGGAGGUGGCGUCAGUGGAGGACAGCGCUGGCAGAGCUGGGCAUCGAGCCUGGUACUCCAUUCCCACUGGAAAACAGUGGCACGCGGUCGCCGGACAACAGCAGCAGCGAUGAAGACGUGCAAGUCAGGAUGGGUCAUGGUGUUGAGACGGUUGACGGAACAGCUGCUUCCAGCGGAAAGGCUGGUUGCAGGCGCAAACGUCCUGUUCAAGAAGUGGUCGAGGGCUCUGCACGAGUGGACGGGGAACCUGACGCAACUCCGGCGCCAUCAUCGGACGACGAUCCAGACGUCGCUCUCCCCAGACGUAACCCAGUCCACGCUCAAGACGAGGAUGGUGCGGAAGCGGAGAACAAUGCUGAUGCCGACGCAGAAGAGGAUGACGCCGGCGCGAGGCGUGAUCCCAAUGACGCACCGGUCACUCGUGAGGAGCUGCAGAGCAUGAGGGAGCUCCAUGAGGAGACGGCACGUGCGAUUGCAAGGUUGGAGACGGCGUUCAUUGCGAAGCCCAAAGAAGACGGCAGUGCUAAGAAGAGGAGGCGCAAGCGCGGCUCCGGCAAGGAAAGGCGCCGGAAGGCGCGGCGGGCACGCUCCACGUCAGAGACGGCGUCCGAUGAGGAGGGGGGGUUCGACGACGAGGACGAGGGCCACCUUCGUCACUUCCCAUCUGCCAUUAUGCAGGAGGCGCUUGACCUACUCCCGACCGACAAAGGCUGGAAGGAAUUAUGUGAGCAGGCGCGCACCGAGCUGUUCGUUCGGCGCUCCAACGCACAGCUGACGUUCUACCCAAGCAGAGCCGCCAAAACUUGGGCCAUCUGUGCAGUCGUGGAUAACCUGACGGAAAGCUAUGCAAGCGUGGCUCUCGCGGCGUGCAAGGCACGUCGGGUCGACCUGAACAGGUCGUGCAGCGACUGGAAGACAGCGGCGGCAGGGAGAGUCCGAGACAUCGGGCUGCCGAAGAUUGGACUUUUUCGCCACGAACGAGACAUGAAGAGUCCAUGGGCGACCAAGGCGAGGCGCACCCUCUCCCGGAUCCGAGAUAGGGUCGGCCUUGGCGACGUUCCGGCGGGAAAGCUGCGGCUGUCUAGCUGGAGUUGCUCCCGUGAAGGGAUGCCUUUCGCGUCUGGGGCGUUUACGGCUUGCGCGCGUGCGGUGUUCAAGCCAAGGAUGGUCAACGGGACUGUGACACUGAAGCUCUACCACGUGGCAUGGCUGGAGCACGUGAUGCGGUCAAUCACUGGGAGGAGCGCCAGGGUCGCUUCGCCAACCCAAUCCGCGAGCACCAACGCGCAGAUAGUGGACGGCCUCCACGUCCUUGUCAAGGCUGCUGUUAGGGCCGCCAUCGCGGAUUUCCGACCAGCAUAUGACGAGGCGUCCCAGAGCUGGGAGUGGGGACGCCAUGGUCUCCGCAUCUCGGCCGACGGCAUCGCCGCCGUCGAAGCAGUGACCGCAGAGGCAAGCGUCAGACGCGGUACUCCGCAGGCCUAA